AUGUUGGGCAUUAACUUCCUCCUUGUGGCACUCACAUUUUCCACGAGUGCAAAAGCGUUCUUUUACUACGACCCUCCCUAUAGAUGUCAGCUGGACGAUACAAGAACGUGCAGCGAAGAAAAACGGGCGAUAGACUCAGAUCCAUUGAGUCUGAAGAUUGUCCAGCGGAUUCCAGAGAAUCCGGACUCACCUCAAACCAUCGAGCGUCAUGUUGACAGCUUGAAACGUAAAUACCAGAGGAUAGCACCCAGCCAGGUCGAAAGGGCAGAAAACGAUGUGGAGAAGCGUACAAAUAGUCACUCUAUCGUCUCUGCCGCGGUACCUUCACAGACAAAUAGCGCCGGUAUUGAUCAGGAUGGGACGGACUUUUCUUAUUUUGCGGAGGUCAAACUUGGCUCCGCAAACAAGCCUGUUUACUUAUUGCUUGAUACUGGAGCAGGCACCUCAUGGGUCAUGGGCCCAUCAUGUACUUCGGGUCCGUGCAAAACACACGACAGCUUCGGAUCAUCAGACUCGAAAACUUUCAAGGACCUUUCUACUCCUUUCAGUAUCAGUUAUGGCUCCGGAAACGUCUCUGGUACUAUGGCGCAAGAUUCGUUAUCCAUCGCGGGAAUGUCGUUCACUGCUGCGAUUGGCAUUGCUUCGACGGUGAGUGACCAAUUCAACGCCUUUCCUAUUGAUGGUAUCCUUGGUCUAUCUCUGUCAAAAUCUGAUGGCCAAAACUUUUGGGAAACCCUUGCCGCCUCAAAGACUCUAAAGUCGAACAUGGCGGGCCUAGCUAUCGAUCGCGCCUCGGAUGGACCCAAUACGGGGGUGAUUAAUUUUGGUUCACCCGACACCUCGAGGUUUAGCGGCUCAUUGGACUAUUUCCCAUCCGAGUCGAAUCUCUCGGAUGACUGGGCUGUCAAUAUUACCAAUGUAGGAGUUGGAACCACCCAGAUUGGGAUUAGUAGCUUGGGUUAUGUCGAUACUGGAACUAGUUUCAUAUUUGCGCCUCCGGCCGAUGCAAAGAAACUUCAUGCUUCAAUAGACGGUGCCACAUCGUCAGACGACUCAACAUAUACUGUUCCAUGCACGACAACAACCUCGCUGACGUUUUCAUUUGGCCAAUCCACAUACACCGUGCCUUCAAAGGACUGGGUAUCGGCUGAAGCCAACGGUGUAUGCACCAGCAAUGUUUACGGAGUAGGGGUAGUGGACGACAACUCGUGGCUCAUUGGGGACACUUUCUUGAAGAAUGUCUAUGUUGUCUUUGAUUACGAUCAGACAAGAGUUGGUACCUCAUCUGGCUCUACUCAGACCACCCUUUCUUCUGUCACGGGCAGCUCUACCGCUUCUAGCACUGGAUCACCAGGCGUGAACUUGCACACAACCCCAAGCACCACUACUGGAACUUCCGCAGGACAAUCCACCGGAUCUGCAGCGUCCGCCACCAAAAGCUCGAGUGCAUUGCUUCUCAACCCAAGCUUCUACUCCGCCCUCCUCACCGCUGGUACACUCAUUACCCUCCUUAUCUGA